AUGACUCAGGUUGCAGCUCUUCAGGAGGUAUACACACUGGGUGUUAAGAAUUUGCCUUCCUGUCUUAUUUCUCAUACAUGUCUAGAUUCCUCGGUACAAAACAGUCACAUCACGGAUAAAGACUGUAUUCAGCAACUUUCAUCAUACACGCCUGCCUUGGACGCGAUCGAGUAUUUUGACAUCAACUUUUAUGAUGCAUUAAGUGAUGGAGGAAAAUAUCGUGGUCCACCGACAGCAGAUUUGGAUCAGAACUGGCACGAACUUUGGCAACAUGAAGCCAUCAUGGUUGACACACAGGCAAUGUUCACCCUCAAUCGGACACAUUUUGACCUGUACGAAAAAGUCGACUCUGAAAUGAGCGAUGGAUUCACAGCGAUGUUGAAAGUUCACCAACAGUUAGGCUGUUUGGAUAUAAUUCGUCAAUACACCUGGUUCCUUGAUGGAAAAUACCCCAAGAACCUGAUACCCCUUGAGCUACAGAAACCUCCUGACCAAAACCGAAUGCAUGUCGAUCGAUGCAUUGAAGACCUUCGCAUCAGCCUAAUGUGCUAUGGUGACAUGACACCCCUUCUUAUCACAAAAGACCGAGAUCCGGAUUCUGGCUUUAAAGUAGAAUUGAAUAGCCAUCAUAAAUGUCGCAAUUUCACUAAAUUACAAGAAUGGACUAGGAUACAUGGUGUUGAACAUUGGGAGAACGGUGGUGGCUUUCACCAGCACGGUGAUCGUCUUUAG